UCCCCUCCCUCUCUUGCCUUUCUAACAUGCGCCUAUAAAUUAAAAACAGAACAGGAGGUCUUUUAAGCAACUCACAACUUCUCUCCCUCUGUUAAUCCCUAAUUCUAUUAGUAUUUUCUUUGUUGUUACCUUGUAGGCUUGUGCCAUUACAAUAGCCAAAAAUACGAGGAGUACGUGGGAAGAAGAAGAAGGAAGAAAGAUCUGUCCUUUUACCCUUUACAUCUGCUAAUGCCAUUUAAUCUUCGUAAUCGGAACUGUAUCGUAUCAGAAGGCCAUCAAAUAGUCCUCCUUUAAAACCCGAAAGAUUCUGGAAUUCAGGGGGGAGGACGAAAGAAAAAAGCUUGAAGCUUGAGCUCAAAGACCCAACAUUUUUGUUUCUUUAUAAUGGGUCUUCUGGUAAUUCUUUUGUUGCUAACGUGCGCUGCACUUCCAUUGGCUUCAUCAGAUCCAAACGACGAGGCGUGUUUGACUCACUUGAGCCGAACUCUGAGAGACCCAUUAAACAACCUGCGGAACUGGACCAGGUCGACCUUCGCAAACCCUUGUAGUGGCUUCACCUCUUAUCUACCCGGUGCCACUUGUAACAAUGGCCGAAUCUACAAGCUUUCCCUUACGAACCUCUCCCUACAAGGCUCCAUUUCACCUUUCCUUUCCAACUGUACCAAUCUUCAGUCGCUCGACUUGUCUUCAAACUCCAUCUCAGGACCCAUACCGGAAGAUUUACAGUAUCUAGUCAACCUGGCAGUGUUGAAUCUCUCGGCGAAUCGUCUGGAAGGAGAGAUCCCACCACAGAUUACAUUUUGUGCUUAUUUAAACGUCAUCGAUCUUCAUGACAACUUGCUCACCGGUCAGAUUCCUCAACAACUAGGCCGACUAGCACGUUUGUCUGCUUUCGAUGUUUCUUACAACAAGCUGUCGGGGCCAAUACCGGCUUCUUUAGGGAACAGAAGCGUUCUGCCGAAGUUCAAUGCUACUUCCUUUGAAGGAAAUAAGGGUCUUUAUGGAUACCCUUUGCCACCAAUGAAGAGUAAAGGAUUGUCUGUUUUAGCCAUUGUUGGAAUCGGAUUGGGAAGUGGACUUGCUAGUUUGGUGCUUAGUUUCACUGGAGUUUGUAUUUGGUUGAGGAUUACAGAGGAAAAAAUGGCUGCCGAAGAAGGCAAGGUUAGUCAACUUAUGCCCGAUUACUGAGCUGUAAUGCAAAAGCACGAAAAAUUUCCAGGUAUGUCUUGUCUAGAGUAGUCUUUUUCUUUUUGGAGAGGUUUUCUGGGUAACCUUUCAUCAUUUUCUUUUAGGGCUUAUAAUAUUUGUUACCAACAAUUAUCAUCAACAAUGUAUAAAGCGAUUCAAACGUGAUCGUUUCCAGU